AUGUCUUCUCCUUCAGCUCCUCAGGUCUCUGGCCGCCCUGGCAGGAAAAGUCGUCGCUGCAGGCUAUGUUGCUGCUGCUGCUGCUCCUGCAUCUCCAUCUGCUUCCUGCUCACCGUCAUUCUGCCCGCGGCAUCCGUCUUCCUCCUCACCGUGAGGCCCAUGAUCAGGGCCCUGCGCCACGAGGCCGAGUACUUCGGCGAACUCGAGGAACAACGCCGCCGCGACCGGGACUGGGACAAGGCCGCGACCAGGGGAAGGAUGCCGUGGAUGCUCGAGGUGCUGGAGGCCCCGGUCCCAUGGAACGAUCCGCGCCGCCGGCGGCCCCUGAUCCACGACAUCACGCAGCUGAUGACCGGCGAGUGGAAGACGCAGAUGCGGCUGAACGACGACGGCACGGCCGAGUUUCCGCAGCUGGAGUAUUGGAUCUAUGUCGGGGGAACGAGUCGGGGUAGGUCAUUGUGGUCCUUGUCUUUGGGAGAUUGGCGGACCUACGUCAGGGAUAUCUACCCCUUUCCUGUCCCCUCGCCCCCCGGCCCUAGCUGUGCCGACGAACCUGCCAUCUGCACCUCGUUCAACGCCGCCUUCGACCGCCUCCUCGAGCUGUACCAUACCCACCGCGUCAACCAGACCGGACGCGGCGACCUCGUCUUUGCGGACUGCGACGUCAGUCCGAUGCUGUGCGACGAGUUACGGCUCAGUCCGCUCAUGCUGGUCCACGUGCAGACGCAGUCGCCCUGCGGGGGGGAGAUGGAGCCCGAGUACCAUUUCGUGUGCCCGGUCAAGUGGCGGUUCGUGUCGUUGCCGCUGAAGAAGAUGCCGUUUCAGCGGACGGUGAGGCUGUCGGCGUUGCUGUCGUCGUCGUCUUCGCUGUCCAUCAAACCGGCUAGCAAGGAGACGUCGCCUGGGGACAGUAAUAACGACCAUGUGGUACCUGUGUUCCCUAGCGCAUUUGAGCAGCUGCAUUCACUAGUCAGUUAUGAUGGGAGCGUUGAGGCGCUCGACGUUGAGGAGAACCAAGUGUGGGAGAUUGUUGUCGAUGGACCAACGCCUAAAAUAGAUUGA